AUGGCGAUGGAUAGAAGCUCCCCAAGGCGGCCUCUUUGGACGGCGCAGUUGCCAGUCUCAAAUGAGGGCAACCAUAGAAUCUCCCGGGUUCUGAUCGCUAAUCGUGGAGAAAUUGCUUGCCGCAUCAUCAAAACGUGUCGGUUGAUGGGGAUCACCAGUAUCGCCAUCUACACCAAAGAAGAUGCAACAUCGAGGCACGUGUCCGAUGCUGAUGAAGCUAUGAAUCUUGGCUCUGUCGAACAUGCUCAGGUCAAUCCUUUUCUUGACAUUCCCUACCUGAUUCAAACCGCCAAACAAGCUCGAGCGGACGCCAUUCAUCCAGGAUAUGGCUAUCUCAGCGAGAACUCGCAAUUUGCAGAUGCUGUUCGUGAAUCAGGAAUGGUCUUCAUUGGCCCGAGUUCGACUGCAAUGUCAACCCUCGGGGAUAAGAGACAAGCUAAGGAAUAUCUAAGCAAGAAUGAACCCAUCAUCCCUCUGAUCCCCGGCUGGAAUGGCUCAGGCGAGGAAAUGGACCUCAAACAAUUAGAAAGGGAAGCUGAGGCUAUUGGCUACCCGAUUAUGAUCAAGGCAUCAGCCGGAGGAGGCGGAAAGGGCAUGCGGAUCGUUCGCAGCAGUUCUUUGUUGAAGAGCGAAUUGGAACGCGCCCAGUCCGAGGCUAAGCGCUCCUUUGGAUCUAGCGAGUGCAUUUUGGAAAAGUACAUUGAGGCUGGCAAGCACGUCGAAGUACAGAUAAUGGGCGACAAGACAGGAAAGGUUCUCUCGCUCUGGGAACGCGACUGUUCUAUCCAACGUCGACAUCAGAAAGUUAUCGAAGAGAGCCCCUGUGCAUGGCUGAGUCCCGAACUUCGUGAGAAAAUGUGCAACACAGCAGUGAAAAUCGGCCAACUCAUCAAGUAUGAGGGCGCAGGAACAGUUGAAUUUAUCUUGGAUAUUGCUACGGGCAAUUUCUACUUCCUGGAAGUCAACGCCCGGCUUCAGGUCGAACACCCGAUCACGGAGGAGUGCACCGGUCUUGAUCUAGUUUCCCUUCAGAUUUACGUGGCAUCUGGAGGUGUGUUGGGCAAUUUACCACAGCUAAAGACUAUUCCUCAGACUGGUCAUGCCAUCGAGUGUCGAUUGUGUGCGGAAGAUCCUAUUCGCGAUUUCGCACCCCAACAUGGCCUUGUACGAUUCUGGGAACCGGCCAACCCAGACAUUCCAAGAGAUGUUCGAUUCGAGACCGCCAUCGAAACUGGAACCAGGGUCUCAAUAUUCUUUGACUCAAUGAUUGCCAAAAUUGUUGUCUGGGCCCCCACGAGGGAUUUGGCGAUCAAUAAGAUAGUCCGAACACUCUCAGAAACCGCUUGCAUCGGGCCUUCUACAAACCAGUGCUUUUUGCAGGCUUGUCUCAUGCAUGAAAAGUUUCACAGCGUUGAUUACACAACGGCGUUUAUCCCUUCGAACCUUGAGCGGCUUCUUGAAAACCCGCACCUGAAAAAUUUCGGCCUGUCACUGCAAGAGCUCUCUGCUAUUCCGAGCAUGUUUAUUCGUGAACUAAGAUCUCAGAGUGGACUGAAACAAUCCAGAAAAGUCUUUGGGAGUAUUCGAAGCGGCUUUCGCAACCAGACCAUGGAUAGGGUCAAUGUACCAUGGGACAUCGUCACACGUCAUGAUGCAAAGGCUGGAUCUACCGUUGACCCUAUUGUAUGCCGUUGGCUUCAAGAGUCACAGAGUCCCCCCUCUGAUGGGUUCCGUGUUCAAGUGGCCCCCAUGCCGCGCCCAAAGACUAGAGCUGAGGCCGCUGAGGCCAAUGGACCGGAGGAAGCUACUAUUACGUAUAAUACGUUGAGUACCGCACUUCGAAGAGGACCAUUACCUGACUCGAAACAGCUUGAUCUACAGCCUCACGAGCUACGCCUUUUCUCAGCUGUGCUGAAUACGCCGAACAGUUGGAAGGUUGGUCGGCUGGGGCUAUCAGUCUCGGGACAGAAAUAUACCGUCACCCUCGUAUCGGUAGAUGAUCGAGUGCUUCAUCUCGAAUCUGACAUGGGUACCCCUAGCAAAGUUCUCGCGCACGUUCCUGCUCUGGGUGCGCCAUUCGAAUUUCAUUGUUAUUCUCCCUUAUCGUAUUUUGAAAGCCUCAGAGCUUCUGCUGGUGGAGAACGAGAGGCAAGCUCCAAGACCAUUCUUGCUCCGAUGCCUUGCAAGGUGUUGCGUGUGGAAAAGAAGAACGGCGAUGAAGUUAAGAUGGGCGAAGUAGUCAUGGUCGUGGAGAGCAUGAAGAUGGAAAUCACGAUAACUGCGGGUAGGGAUGGUAUCUUCCAAACAACUCUGAAGGAGGGAGAUUCAGUUGAUGAAGGGUCUCUUCUUUGCAAUUUAGAAUAA